AAACUCCGUCAUUGAUGUAUGUUGCUCCUCGACAUUACUCAUGAUGCCAGCCAUAUACGCCAAACGCCGAUAAUGGCUACUGUUUCGGAGACCCGGUCGGACCAUGCCAGAAUAAAUUUGCUCAACCGAUGAGUCCCGGCGAAAUGUUAGCGGUACGGAUGUCUGUCUAUGUGAUGUGGUUGUGGAGAUAGGUCUAGAGAUCCUGGUUUACUUUACCCCCGAUCAUGGCUGCAUGGAGACGUUGGGUGAUUUCGACAGCGUUCUAUCGUCAACCUUCUUGCAGAUGACAGACUAUAGACUACGUCAGUUCUAGCGCCAUUUUCUCCACAUAUGAAGUUAUGCUGCGAGUAUAUAUGACCACGGGAACCGUCACUGUCAAGGAAGCUGUUUGAUCAGACGCAGAGGCAUCAGCAAUACAGAGACUUCAUAGGUUAUACGCAUAAGAGCUUGAACCAGGCAAUAAUCUGCGAGCAAUAACUAUUGGAGUGCAUACUGCGCGAAUUCCUCAACGAGAACGCAUAUAUAGAACACCCUCUCGACCACCGUUUCCAUAACCCCAAGAGUUUAUUUCUUCAAGACAUCUCGUUACUACCUACCUAGGCACUCAACAACACCUUUCACCUAUUUAAACUCUUAAAAUUAGCAAUGGCCGCCCAAACUAAAGGCACCAUCCUCGUCACCGGCGGCGGCGGCUUCGUCGGCGGGCAAAUCAUCCGCGAGGCGCUCGAAUCGGGAUUCGCGGUACGUCUAACCGCGCGUUCCGCCUCCUCGGCCGCCCGCACCAUCGCCCGCUUCCCAUCCUUCGCAACAUCCCUGUCCAGCGCCAUCGUAGUAGAUAUGACGACACCCGAAGCCUAUGAGGCCGCCUUCGCCGACGGCUCCAUCACACACAUCGUGCACUCCGCCUCGCCCUUCAACCUCUCUCCACAGGACACCCUACGAGAUCUAUUAAAGCCAGCCAUCAAAGGCGCAACCUCGAUCUUAGAAGCCGCGUUACGAUAUGGCGGGGGCAAAGUUAAAAGAGUCGUAGCAACGAGCUCAUUCGCCGCCAUCCACGAUCUGAGCACGGGUGCCAGGGAGGGGUACACGUACGACGAAAAAGACUGGAACCCGGUGACGUGGGAGGAGGCCGUUGCGUCAACAGGAACGGUCGCAUAUUGCGCGAGCAAGGCGCUCGCGGAGAAGGCGAUGUGGGACUGGAUCGCGGCGCAUAAAGCCGAGAUCAGCUUCGGGCUGGCAACGGUGUGUCCGCCGUGGGUGUUCGGGCCGUACGCGCACGAGCUGCGGGACACCAAGACCCUCAGCGAGUCCGUGCAGCUGCUCAAUGUCAUCGUGGACAGCGACGCGGUCCCCGCUUUCGACUUCGGCGGGUACGCGGACUCCCGCGAGGUCGCGGCCGCGCAUGUGCGUGCGUUGGAGGUGCCGGAGGCGGAGGGGAAGAGGUUUCUGGUUGGUCAGGACUUUAGGUAUCAAGCUGCGGUUGAUCUUGCUAGAGAGGACCCGGAGCUGGCGAAGAGGCUGCCGGUCGGGAAGACGGGGGAGUGGGUUCCUGCGUAUCAUAUCGAUGGGACUUUGGCGACGAGGGUUCUGGGGCUGGAGUAUGGGACUUUGAAGGAUACGGCGACGCAGACGUUUAGGCAGUUGGUGAAGGCGAGGGAGCUGGAGGCUGCUGCUUAGGUUAUUGGAUAUAUAAGUGUGCUUUCUUGGGGGAGGUGGAAAAAAGGGAGUGAUGGUUUUAGAGUUUGAAGGUUGUGGAUGUAAGAGCUUAUGAGGUUGUUUUUCGGGUUUGAAUAGAGCAUACUUGGUCAUUUGACGUUUUCUUGAUAGUAUACAAGCGACCCUUCGUCUAAAAUGAGAAAGCGAAUGUUAGAAAAGGGGUAUCAAAUGUACUUAUGUUGGUUUAUCUUAAGACUCAACACAACCUUGACCUUGCUAUAA